AAAAAAGAGGGGAUACAAGCUGGAAGGACCUGCGCAUAUGAAACUUAAUAAGUUGCUCUUUGGUGGUAAACAAGUGAGAUCCAACUUAUAGGGUUAUGAUCAGAUUGACCCAAAACUUGUAUUCCCCAGAAUUUUUUGCAUCUAAAAAAUGGAUUUGUUGCAAACACCGAUUGCAUCAGUGCGUGCUGUUGACCCAAAAUCAUACGAAAAACUAAUGAACAAACGGAUUGAAUAUGUCCUGAAACAGUCCCUGUUCGGAAGUUACUUUGCCGCAUUCGACCAAGAAGAACUUUGUUUCUUGAAGUUUUACGACUCGAACGAGGAGGCUGCUUUAGAGCACAUAAAAAAGCAGUUUAAAAAUGCUGUUGUGGUUUGUCGCCCCGACUUUCAACCUCCUCAAGAACUAAAGCUUUUACUGAUUGGUACGGACUUUGAGGUUUCCGUCUGGAAAGCUCUUUUGAAAAUCCAUCCUGGAAAUACUUCAAGUUACAACGACAUUGCAACAGUUAUAGAACAUCCGAAGUCUGUUAGAGCGGUUGGAAAUGCAGUGUUGAAGAAUCCAAUUUCCUACAUUGUUCCAUGCCAUAGAGUUGUUCGGAAGAAUGGGGAAUUGGGCGGGUUUGCAUCUGGCCCGCAGCGAAAAUUAAAAAUGUUGCAUUUCGAGGGUGCCAAAAUC